AUGGAGCAAGAAGAAGAUGAAAAUGAGUUCUAUUUUGUAAAGGAACCAAUAAUGAAACAAAUGAGAGAAAAUCAAGCAGUCAGUUCGCCGGGAAGGCGAGGAAUCCUCUGCGAUUUGAACCAACAACAAAUGACUGGACCGAAAAAUGAAAAUCCUGCUUCUGCUCAACAUGCCUGGGCUUGUCACAAUGCAGUGGAAAAGGUCGGCUCGGACCUGUCCGUUGAUUGUUUCCACGUGCCACUCCAAUUCUGUGAUGAUGAUGAUGAAGUCUUCUUUGGUCCGAUCAGCGAGAAGGAGAGGAGGCGUGCGAAGAAAUUUGCAUCGAGGAAAACCAUUGUGUUUGAUCCAGGUUUCAGACAUGAUAAGAGGACGCCUCGUAGGACCAUUGAUCCCAAUGAAAUGAGGCUCCAGGGAAUCAAGGAGGGGGAUGAAAAUAGCCCGACGCUGUCAGCUAUGGAGAAGGAGCCCUUCCCAGGCAAAAAGGGGUAUUCCAGUCUGUCUUCGAUGUCUAGUGUUGGAAGUGUCAAUAUUACACUUCCAAAAUACUCAACUGAGUCGAAUUCGAUCGCGAUGCACAGCUCCUGUAGUUUGGCCUCCCAGCGCAUCUCAGAUAACAAGGCUAAAUUGAAUCUUGACAGUUUCGAAACUAUACCCCUUGGCCUUGACACUGUUGAUUCAGAAUCUGAUUUCCUGCCUGUUGUGAAUGCUAGAAGAAGUGAAAUGAGCUUGGAUAGUCUUAACAUUACAAGGGACAGUCUUGAAUCAACCAAGGUGUCGUACUUGCCUGAAACUGCAUUUCCAGCUGCAUCUGAUAAAAAGUCAGAUCUUCAUCACAGCUGGUCCAAUCCAACCCACACUCCAGGAGGUACCCGUAGAGAGUCACAACGCCAGGUGCAGGAGUAUCUUACCUAUUUAGAGAGUACUUCAUCUUGCAGUGCUUUCUCUGAUGAUGCUGCCAGCCCAGAUCCCAAUGGCCACAGCAAAAUUUCAGUGAAAGAUGCUUGUCAUGCUUUGUUAUCUUUGCAAAUAGCUGGUGACGAUGAUAACAACUCAAAAGAAGAUUCGAUAGUACCAGCUUGUCUUGUCCCAAGUGAGGAGAAACUCAAGAAUUGUUCAGCAGUAGAAUUGCGCAAUGAAAUCCCAACAGAUGAAGAUAAAGGCACCAAGACCCCAGACACUUCAACCUCUGUCAGUGAAUUUGGUGGGAGUGCUUCAACUUGCAGUUCGUCGCUAUUGUGGCAUCAGUGCUCUCACUCUGAUUGCACCUCGUCGGGUUCUUCAUGUUCCUACGUCACUAGUUCAGCCAAUGAGAGCGAGGAGAUAGAUGGCAGUGAUGAUGAUGAAGAUGAACCCUUGGCACGGCGCAAACUCUUCCUCGAGUCUACAUCCCCUGUCAGCGGCUCCGCAACACGCUCUCAAAGUAAAUCUUCGUCAUUCAAUUUACCGAGUUAUGAUGGUCAGAUAAGCGACUUUGUGGAUGCCGAAACAAUCGUUGCCGUCUCUAUUCAAACCGUUGAAGAUGCCAAUGCUCCAGAUGACUUCGUACCAGAGACUUGCAAAAUCAGCGCCACUGAUGUACCCUUUGAUAACGCUCAAAGUGAAUGCCAAACCUCCAGGGAUGUGCCAGCCAAGAGUCCAGUCAAUGAAACUCCCGAUUUACCAGGCAAGAUGCUAUCUGCAAAAAAAGGUCUCCCAGCAUAUCUAGAGCUGCUAAAAGUUGAAGACAUCACUGCCGACUCGGAAGUGAUAGAAAAAGAUUUAGACAUCAUUGAAAAUAUUGAGUGUGAAGCUGUUCCACAGUUGUUGGCUAAGAUACCCGCUGACAGCAAAACUUUUGAAACAACUCAUGUUGCUGAAGUUAACACUGUCGAUUCUUCAUCAGAUGAUGGGAUUUGGAAUGAAACCGUUGAUUCUCGUGACGGUAGCAGUUUUUCUGACUCGUCACAGGAUGAGGUUGUGUUCCAUUACUAUAGCAACAAUAAACGGACCCUCGGCACCUGUAUUGAAGAAGAAGAAGAAGAUGAAGAAGCAGAAGAGGAAGUUGCAGACGUACAAGAAGAGACUGCCAUUAUCCUUGCAUCGCUUGCGGGACAGACUGAAAAUGAUCUGUGCAGGAUUAGGAACCAAAGCACCCUGACGUCUAUCCUUCUUGAUAGCCUGGAAUAUUCUGCAGACAGCAUUAAGAUGAAUUCAGUUGUUGCUAUUCAUCCUCCUGGCCAAGAAACUGAGCAGAAAGAUGCCAUGGGUGAAAUAAAGAGAAAAGGAAGUUGCAUUGAUGCCAAGUCUCCUCGGGAAGCUACACGUACCUCCAAGAAAAUGUGUAACACUCCUGCAAAAGAACAGGCCAUUGAUAUUUCAAAUGUUUCCGACUCCGAAUGUCCCACACCAGAAUCUCCCAAGGACGAGGCAAUCAAAGAUGAGUGCACUCCGAGUCAACCAUCUUCUCUUACAAGUCUCAGUCACACACUAACGGGCAGUGUGGCUUUAUGUAAUGGUGUCCACUCAGUCGGGCUUUAUAGUCCAAGGGUGAGAUUUGGAAGCACUUCAUCGGAGGAUGCGCUUUGCACCAAUAAGUUGAGGCCUAGUUCAACAACAAGCACAGCUUCGGAUAGUUCCUCUGACUGCAUCGUCAUCUCGCCGGAGGGAAAAUCGAAUAAGCCUGUUGAUUCAGAAGAUGCUAUCAAAAUAAUUGAGUUGUCAUCGGACAGUGACUCGGAGUGUGAGAUGUUUGAGGAGAAUCGACUUGAUGUCCAUGAGUCCCUGUAUUCCACUGUCAGGUGUCCUCGUGCCAGCGAUGAAAUCAGCGAUGUGUCCAAUUUUUUCAGCAUGCCUUUUGCAGGUUAUGCGUCAGUCAAGGUGAAAACAGAACCAAUGGAGUCAUUGGAAAGCAAGCAUAUGAAUCAAAAUGAAAUGAGUAGCGGUGAUUCGUCUGACUCAAGUUUUGAAGUUGUGUCUGAAAAUGAGACCAAGGCAGGUCCUGUAAAGGAGCCGGUGGAAAGUGAAUCUGUAGAGGUGUCUAAGAGCUCUGCUCGAAUUGUUGCAGAGCUAGUAGAAGCUGCAGAGGAAGAGAGCUUUCAUCAACCGAAGCCAGAUGGUGUGACGGUCCAGGCAAGAACCGAGGCCGAAUUUGAGAUAUUGGGUGUCUCCAAAACAUGUGCUUACUUUUCUGCUCUUAGUAUUGAACCAGAUCCCGAAGAUAAAGAUAUUGUUCCAGAGCAGUUGGCAACUUUAGAGAAUGCUGUGGUUCAGAAUGAAAAGAAAACGUCAUUGGAAUUUGAAGCCGUCUACUCGAACUGGACUCCUAUUGACGUCAAGGAGGAACCGAUUGAUUUGGCUGGGGAGGAAAAGGACGUCACAGCUACUGAUGGAGAAGCAGAGAAGUCUGAGUCGCUUAGAGUUAUGGAAGCUACUACUACGCAUCCCAUCGCAUCUGCUGCGUCUAUGACCAAUGUUUCCAUCAUGAAUUGCCUGGUUGACUCGGGACCACACUCUUGGAUGGACCUCCCUCAUGACAUCAGGAGUAUCACAUCAUGCGAAAUAGGUUCAAAGUGGACCGAUCUUGGUCCGAUGAGCUCAGAAUCAAAAACUUUGCAAACUACUGACAAUGAUCAACAAAAUAUGUCGGACCUCUUAAGCGUCAGUAACGAUUCUGCCGUCCAGAGCCUUGAACACAUUUCCACUGAUGAUGCGAUUCCAUGGAAUGGUGGAAGGUUGGAGGGGCGUACUCCGUCCAGUUUCAGCGAAAGCAGCCAAGAGGACUCCGGAGAGCAUGAGGAUGUUCCACUUCAAGUGUCAAGCCCAAAUGCAAAUUUGGAAGUGUUCGGAGCAGAGACCCUACAGUCAAUGCAUACAUCACAGGCAUUCCCAUCAUUAGGUGCUCUACCGUCUGUGGCGUUUGGCUCACCUAAUAGUUGGUUCUUCCCUCCUCAGAGUUUGACCUCUGCUGAUAUAUCUCCUGAGAGAAAAUGUGACCCUCAUGUUCAGAUAAAGAAUGAAUCUUGCUCCGGUUUCUUCUCCUAUGUUGCAAAACAAAACGAACCAUCUUCACCACCAUUUAUAAAACAAGAGCCUGAACCAGAAUCCCCGGCAGGAGCAAUUGUAUCCAGCUGUGAACAGAUGCAACCAUUUAAGCAAUGUUCCUCCGACAAAGUCGAUGGACUCACUACUGGCAUAUCUUUUAUCAGAAGUGUUGAGGAUGAUUAUAGUCAUGGUCAUCACUUCAAACAGGAAGACGAUCGUAUCAAACGUGAAGAUAUGAACAGGCCGGUUCCCAUUCUGCAAGCGCUAGACAUGCCUGCUCACAUUACACCAGCCGAAUCAAGUGAUGAGAAGCAUGUGUUUACGUCUGUGAGCGAUGUGGAUUUCAACACGAUGAUGGAUAUUGAUGAAGUUGAAGCGUGUGAGCCGGAGGGAUAUCUGAGCCUCGUCAGUCGUGCUGUCCUUCUCGGUUCAACCGAUCGGGAGUAUGAUGCUGUGUCAUCGUCUGACAAAAUUUCCUCAGCACGGCCAGAUGGAGACAAUAAUGUAGCUGGAUCUGGUCGAACACUCGAGGAGAAACUCAGAGAACUUAAACGACUACAAGACGAGAAGAUGAAGCUGAAAGAAAAAAUUGAAAAUGCUAAGUCGCCCUGCUCGAAACAAAAGACAAAUAUCUUCAAACAGCCUAACGCAGAACCUCCUCGAUCGGCCAUGAAGAAAACUGCCCAUCCAGUUUUAGACCUGACUCCAAAGCACCUGACAAAAGUGACGAAGCAGAACACCAAAGCGAAUGGUUUACCACGGGUGAGACUGAGGCUGCAGACUCCAGGACAUAAUACUGUCGUUCGCCACAGUCCAGCAGUAAAAGCAGUGAGCAAGAUCAAGUGGACAGAGGCCCUUGUCGUAGAACCGGAGUACCACACACCCUCCAAGGCAGUGCGCACCAACAAGCCAAUACUGGUCGAGAAACCUGGUCAUGUGUUCCCAUAUCAAGAUGAAAAGCCAUCACCGGUGGGAUUCUCCCGGCUGGCACGGACGCGCACCCUGGGAAGGAAAAGUCUUGAAGCACGCUAUGCGAAGUUAUUAGUCAAGGAAGAGAUGGAACGAGAUGCACAAGUCAAAGCAGCAUCACGUGGAAGGGGCAAAGGUGCAAGACAUGGAGCUAAAAAAGCGCCCCCUAUGGACUGGAGUCAAGCGAGUCCAAAAGUCGAUACUGGUUUAACUGGGAGGCGUAAUCGAGGAGGGAGGCCCGGCGGUAUAAAAAUGGAACCAUUGGAUUCGCCGAGACAACUAGUGACCCCAGUGAAGCAGGAACCUGGGUCUAUGAGACCGGGAAGCAGUAAGAAGAAAUAGUGUGUGCUCUUGUGGUAAAACGUGUGUAAGAAAUAACUCUUAAAACAAGGCUAAUAAGGCCUUACAUUGACAUCAAUAUUCGUGAACAGUGUUGAUCAGACUUUGGACUUUGGACUUACUUUUAUUGGCUUGCUUGAUUCUAUGUUAAAGCGGGGCACGGCACCGUGCCUUUUCUCAAGUUUGUCUAAUUGCCCUACCUCUUUCACCAGUGGCUGGUGAAUGUCCAUUUCAAGCAGGGCGCUGCACCCUGCCCUUUUCUGUCUUGCCCUUUCUGAUAUCUUGUUGAAACUCUGAUGUGUGCAAAUAUAUUGGACAACACUUUUCACACAAACAUGUAUGUAAA